AAAGUUCAUUUUUUUAUACAGACAAAUAUUGAGUAUUAUUUGUUGCUGUUGUUGCUGUUUAACUUGUCAGACGUGCCUGAACCAUUUCCUUUAUCACAUUUGCCACAGAUAAAUACAUUAUGUAAGGCUUGGAUAUGCAGAAAAUGCAGGGUGUAAAUCAGCAUUGACCUCCUGUAAUUCAAGAGUGCAGUCGUUCUCCUUUCAGGCUGUCUAUUCCUUUAAGAGAUUCUUUAACAGCUAUUGGAGAAAAUGCGUGGCGCUGUUCACCAAUAAGGUGCUGGAUUAUGUUCAGCGAUCAACUCCCCCGCCCCUUGCAAAGCAGCACAACCCCUCUGUGCUUGGAAUUACAUGUGAGACUAGAUGGAUUUCUGUUUUCCUUUUUUAUUUUAUUUUUCCAAAAUCUCCGCGUUUUAGUGUCUUUUUAACGAAUAAUGGAUGUUUUGUGCGAAUUAGUGCUCUUACCGCUGACAGUGGCUGCUUGACAAGACCCCAUGGAUUUAUAAAUACAUGUUAAGCUAUAUAUUUGGUCUGACAAUCUGCAUUUUUUUCCCACAAUGGAAUGCAAUAAAAGGAAACGCUCUUUGCACUGGCAAGUAUUGUGUUUCUAUGUUUCCUGUCAUUGGAUUUCUGCUUACGGUCAGCUUAAAUAUUCCGUCCCAGAAGAAUUAAACACGGGUGCGUUUGUUGGAAAUAUUGCAAAAGAUUUAGGACUGGAUGUAGCAAAAAUUUCUGAACGCAACCUGCGAGUUGUCUCUGAUUCCAGUGUGCAGUAUUUCGAGGUGAGCUUGGAAAGCGGAGCUUUGGUUAUUAAAGAUAAAAUAGACCGAGAACAGAUAUGUGGGUUAAGCUUAACGUGUUCCCUGCACCUUCAGUUAGUGCUUCAAAACCCUUUGGAAUUGUACCGAGUGGAAGUACAGAUACUUGAUGUCAACGACAACGCACCUCAAUUCCCAACUAAAAGUAUAUCAUUGGAGAUAUCAGAAGCUGCUACACCGGGCUCUAGUGUUCGCCUCGAGAUUGCUCAGGAUCCCGACGUGGGCUCGAAUGCUUUGCGUACUUACCAGCUUACCCCUAACGACUAUUUUGUUUUAAGUGUACAAACUCGAAGUGAUGGUACUAAACUACCCGAGCUGGUGAUAGAAAAAGCUCUCGACAGGGAACAACACUUCAUGUAUAAUUUAGAGCUGACAGCCUUUGACGGGGGAACACCUGAGAAAUCUGGAACUACAAAAGUUAUUAUUAAGAUUCUUGAUGUUAAUGACAAUAUACCUCGAUUUAACAGUCCGGUAUAUAAGGUCAGCCUUAUGGAAAACACACCUAUUGGUAAAUUAUUGGUACAAAUAAAUGCAUCUGAUCUGGAUGAUGGUCAGAAUGGGGAAAUAUAUUAUUUUUUCAGUAAACACACGCCAGAAACGGUGCGCCAGCUGUUCAGAGUGGACUCAGAAACAGGUGAAAUUAGGGUAAAUGGGUUGAUAGAUUUUGAGGAUGCAAGCUUUUAUGAGAUUGAUGUGCAAGCCAGAGAUAAAGGAACCCCUGCUUCAGAAGGAUCUUGUAACAUUAAAGUGGAAGUGAUUGAUGUGAAUGAUAAUGCUCCACAGCUGACAAUAACGUCCCUGUCCAGUCUUGUUGUAGAGAAUGCUUUACCUGGAACUGUAAUUGCACUCAUUAGUGUAAGGGAUCGGGACUCAGGGCAUAAUGGGGAGGUGCUUAUGCAGAUACCUGUAAACAUGCCAUUUAAAUUAAAGUCUUCCUUUCACGGCCACUACUCCUUGAUAACUGAUGGUCCACUGGAUCGUGAAAAAGUUCCUGAAUACAACAUCACAGUCACAGCCACUGAUUCGGGUUCCCCUCCACUAUCCUCUAGUAUAAUCCUGCCUGUCAGUCUUUCAGAUGUGAAUGACAAUGCUCCAGUGUUUUCUCAACCUUCAUAUGCAGUCCACAUACAAGAAAACAAUGCCCCCGGAGCUGCUAUUUGUUCUGUAACAGCAUUUGAUGCCGAUGUGGGCAAAAACUCCCAGCUUUCUUAUUCUGUCUUGGACAGCACAAUCCAAGAAACAUCUGUUUCCUCUUAUGUGUACAUUAACUCAGAGAAUGGGGACAUUUACUCCAUGCGCUCCUUUGACUAUGAGCAGGUUAAAGUUUUCCAAAUCCAUGUGCAGGUAAAAGAUGCUGGCAUACCUUCACUGAGCUCUAAUGUGACCGUGCAUGUAUUUGUCUUGGACCUAAAUGACAAUGCCCCUGUAGUGGUGUAUCCAGCUUUCCCAAAAGGCUCAGCUCUACAGCUUACAGUCCCUCGCUCUGUUGAGGCAGGCUACCUUAUAACCAAGAUAGUAGCUGUUGAUCCAGACAGUGGCCAUAAUGCAUGGCUUUCCUACAGCAUUCCACAAAGCAAAGACACUGGCCUGUUCCGUGUGGCGAAUUACACUGGGGAAAUAAGGACUGCUCGUAAAUUACAAGAUCUGGAUGAGGCUAUUCAGAAUCUUGUCAUUUUAGUGAAAGACAAUGGAGUGCCCCCACUCUCUUCUUCAGUUCCUAUUGACAUAGCUGUAGAAGAAAAUGACUCAGAGACUUCCUCAGAAUUCAGGAACACAUCUGCAAAGCAAAACGGAAUGUCUGAUAUAACCCUGUAUUUAAUAAUCGCUCUAGCUUCCAUCUCAGCCAUUUCAUUCCUGGCAUUCGUAAUCCUCAUUGUGAAGUGCCUGAGACAGAGUGGGGGCCACAGUGGUUGUUUGGGCUGCUGUUGCAGUAACAAACAGAGCCUGCGUUCCAGGGAAGCUUUUCAAAGAUCCCAGAAAAGCCUUCAUUUGCAACUCAACCCUGACGGGCCAAUCAAAUACGUGGAAGUGGUUGGGGGUUCGAUGGAAUCCCAGAAUCAAUACUAUAGGUCGUGUCUCUCUGCGGUGUCUGACAGAAGUGACUUAAUGUUUAUCCAGACUUGUAGUCCGUCUACACCAAUGGGUAAUACCAACACCAUUGACAUGUCUCUGUCUAGCAAUAACUUAAUUAAUACAACCUGCGAGCAAAAACCAACAAAUACUGAAUGGCGUUUCUCCCAAGGUCAGAGACCUGGACCAAGCGGCUCUCAGCGCCCAGAGGAAGCUGGACCUUGGCCAAACCCCCCGACUGAAGCAGAGCAACUGCAAGCCCUGAUGGCUGCAGCUAAUGAGGUGAGUGCAGCGACAGCAACGCUUGAUGCUGGCACAAUGGGCCUGAGCACCCGGUACAGUCCUCAGUUCACCCUGCAGCACGUCCCAGACUACAGGCAGAAUGUCUACAUCCCGGGCAGCACCUCCACACUGACAGGCACCAACUCCCAGGCAGAGGGGAAGAACCCCCAGCCAUCCUCUGGAAACAAGAAGAAAUCUGGGAAAAAAGAGAAGAAGUAAUGGAGUUCACUGUAGAGCUGGCUGGCUGUGAAUGAGCUCCUCCAGUUCACCCUCUCACAAAGGGAUACACCCUGGUUCUGUUUUGUUUUUUUGUUGUUUUUACUGUUAGCCCAGAUUGUUAGCAGCUUAAGUUGUUAUUAGUGACUUUGAACAUGAAUGUUUUUUGUCACAAUUUUUGUUUGUAUUGGAGUUCCUAUCGUGUGACUGCGUUGUUAUUGAAAUAUAACACAAAAGUUCAAAGUAGAGGUAUUGUUCCUUAAGAUUAAUAAGGUUUUAAAAAGAAAAGGAAAACGUUUUUUUCAAUGGUUUGAUCCCUUUGAUGAAUCCGUUGGGUUUUGAAGUUUAAUUGUAAAAUACAAAUGAGGACUUCAGGGCUUUGCCCUCUAAUAUAGUACUAGUAUGACUAUUACUCAUUUACUUAAUGUGUCACAUUAAAGUUGUGUAGGACUGUUAACAAUGCAAGUAGAAAAAGUUUUUUGUUUUAGAAGAGAAUCAGAAUUAUGAAUUUUUCAGUAGCUCUUAGUGAUAAUGUAAACUAUAUUUGCAUGAUGUGUUUCUUAUCUAAAGAAACAAAAAGACCAAGUUAAACUAUGCAUUGAAUGAACAAUACAGUGUUCGACUGGCACGCGGUGAACUAAACACGCUGUUAACAAAAGAAACAGUGCAGGUUACUUUAUUAAUGGUAACAUUAGUGUAUAACCAAAAUAAUCUCAGUUUCAAUAAUACGGUUAGUAUAAGAGAAACCCUGUUUUGAAUUGAAAGUCUGUGUGACUUCUAACUUGGCUUCGGCAUUUCCAGUUGCUCCCAGGUUAGGCAGAGUGCAGAUGUCAGUUCUUGUGUUAAAUAUACUAAUCCACUGGGAGUUUAGAUGCCUGCUCAGCACUGCUAAAACAAUGAGGACCUGUCAGCAAGCAUCCUUGAGGAUAUGGCCAUGCUGACCGUGAAAAUGAAGAAAUGUAAGGCUUUGCUUUUCCCACACACUAUAUUGCUUGCAUGAAACUCACAUCACUUUUGUGAGACUCUGUAACACUGCAUUGCUUCAUUAAAUCUUUGCUAUGCAUUGCAUGUUAAAAAUAAACUGCAUGCGAAGGCAGCUUCAGUGUAUAGGCAAGUAGAAACAGCAGGAGCCUCCUGGCUUAGUUUCAGUACAUAGUGGGGGGGGGGUUGUUCUUAAAGUAUUCUUGAAAAAUAGAACGAAUCGGGUAAAGAUUUGGUAAUCAGGCACUGCACGCUGAAUAUAGACUAUUCUCAGUUUAGUGCAGAUACAGAAAGUGUGCUAGUGAAGCUAUCGCGGUAUUGAGUACAGCAUCAGUGUUACCUCUUAGUACAGUCUUGAUGCAUAUUGGCUUUGGGGCUGUUGGCUUCUGUUUACAAAAUCAGUAAGUUGGAUAAAGUUACUGAACACUGACUGUAUAUUCAAAUCUGGCCAAUACAGAAUCGACUGUAUAGAAGCUGAGAGGUCAAGUAUAUUUACUGGAAUUAACAAGAUGCUAGUUGAUACUGAGACACUAGUUUCUGUGUUUGUGAUUGUCGAUUUUGACCUGGACAUUGCAUAUAAACUUACUAAGUAUAUUUAUAAACCCAAUAUGUUUGAUUUGUGGUAAUUGGAUGUUAAUUUCUUAAAAAUAAAAAAAUAAAAAUAAUAAUAAUAAAAAAAAUAAAGUAUUACAAUGUGUUGCUCCUAACAUACAUGG